AUGGCGCCAACUACCCCGCCGGGGUCGGACAGCACUGCCCUCGAGAGGAUUGAAGACAGGCUGGGGAAUCUGACGGCUUCUAUGGCCACGAAGGACGACCUGAAGUCCCUCACCACAGCCAUCCAGGACACCCUAAGAGCUGAAAUAGCGGGGAUCCGAUCCGAAGUCGCAUCCCAUGCGGGCCGCAUCUCACGAAUGGAGGAGGCAGCUGAGGCCCUCAUGGUGCGCCAAACGUCCGCGGAUACAGCAAUAGCCCGCCAAGGUACGAUGCUCCUAUCAAUGAGGAGACACCUCGAGGACCUGGAUAAUAGAGGUCGGAGGUGUAACAUACGCAUUCUGGGAGUGCCUGAGGACGAGGGUACAGCUGAAAAUGUCGUGGACAUACUCACCGAAAUCUUUCAGACUAUCCUGCAACCGACAUCACCAGAACACAUAGAGUUCGAGCGGGCACAUAGAAUCACACGACCCAGAUCCCUGGAAGACGGCCCGAGAGACCUCAUAUGCUGCCUCCACUCCUUCCCUGUUAAAGAUACCAUUAUGAGGAAGGCCAGGGAAAGACCAACGUGGCCCUAUCGAGGUGCGCAGGUGGCCCUGUAUAACGAUUUGUCCCCGAUCACGCUGGAGGCCCGGGGGGCUCUCCGCCCCGUGACGGCCGCAUUGAGGGAUCGCAACAUAUCCUACAAAUGGGGGUUCCCCUUCGCUUUGCUGGCCAGGCACCAUAACGGCUGGAUCUCUAUGCGCUGGCCUGAGGAUGUCCCGCGGUUCAUGGAGGAACUGGGCCUUUCAACACCUGUCGUCCCUAACUGGAUCUUGGGACCGACGGCCCCUGUACCGAGGCCGCAAAGGGUGCCUAGGCGGAGAGAAGCCCGCUCCCCCUCCGUUCAGCCAGCCAGACGGCGUCGGAACCCGACGUCCCCAGAGGAGUGA